UCGUUAGAGAGAGAGCGAGAGAGAGAGAGAGGGAGAUGGGGAAAUGAGAAAAGAUAGGGAGAGGAAAAGAUAAAGCUGAAGGUAACGGGGAACAGGGCUCUUGGGAUGCUCUAACUUUACUGAAGAAAGCUGGUUUCUGUAUGACGCUGCAGAGCCAAGGCUAAGAGUGAGAGGCCUGAAGCCUUGACAGCCUCCAAAUCCGUUUGUUUGGCUUGUUGUGGUGUGCAGAACUGGAUAACCACCAACUAUUAUCAUAAGGACUUCCUGUCUGCUGUUCUGGGAAGCCAUUGUCUUGGUGCCAACUAAAAGUCCUCCCCAGAGAGACUCCGUGUCCACCCGAUGUUGGCGGAACUAUUAGCUGAGGAUUACAUAAAUUAUUUAAUGACACAUGAGCGGCAAGAAAUCCUUGGUUGAAGUGUUUUUUCCAGGUGAAAUUAUGAUCUUGGUGCUAAAGUGAGGUGUUCUUCAAAAAGACACAUUCUUGCUGAAGAGUUGUGGCAGCCAUAUUGUCACUGUUUCCCCUGAAACACCCAAAGCUCACCCUCAUUUGGAACAAUGCCCUGUCCAUCUCCACCCCCUCCGCCCUACCUUGCUCCCUGCUCAGUCUUUUUUGUUGGACUGCUGCUUCUGCUCCAGUGGGGGCCCUCAGAGGUCAGUUGCCAGAAUGACACAGAGCCAAUCGUGUUGGAGGGAAAGUGUCUGGUGGUGUGCGACUCCACUCCCUCUGCGGAGCCAUCGGGUAAUGCUCUGGGCAUGUCGGUGAGGUCAGGAACUGGUCGGGUGGCGUUUUCAGCCAUCCGAAACACCAACCACGAACCCUCGGAGAUGAGCAACCGCACCAUGACCAUCUACUUUGACCAGAUCCUAGUAAACGUUGGCAGCCAUUUCGAUCCAGCGAGGAGUAUCUUUGUGGCCCCUAGAAAAGGAGUCUACAGUUUCAGCUUUCAUGUUGUCAAAGUUUACAACCGACAGACAAUACAGGUGAGUUUGGUUCUCAACGGCUGGCCGGUGAUUUCAGCCUUCGCAGGUGAUCAGGACGUGACCAGGGAAGCGGCCACCAAUGCUGGGCUGGUGAUGAUGGAGAGAGGGGACAAGGCUUACCUCAAACUGGAGAGGGGGAACCUGAUGGGAGGGUGGAAGUACUCCACUUUCUCCGGCUUUCUGGUGUUCCCCUUGUAGAUUAGGUCAGGCUUAUGUUCUUGUCAUAAUCAAGGGUGUGGAGGGGAGGGCAGGCAAUGAAAUAAAGAUUUCACAGACAGGAGGCUUGAAUUCAAUCAAACUGCUUUGAUGCAUCCUUAUGUAUCAGAUAGAACGGUGAGAUCACUCAGCACCAAAUAGUCCUGAAUGUAAUUUCCAUUUCCAUUGCACUUGUAUGGCUCACUGUUGACUGUAAUGUGUCGUCUAUGCUUGCUUACAACAGCCUGUUGAGAGGUUUGUAAAUUUUCUUUCAGGCCUAAUGCAUGAAAUACAGGGUAGCAAAUCUUUGUGGCAAUAAAGAAAAUGAUAGUGUCCUU